CCCCCAACCCACCCUAGCCUCUCUCUCUCGAUCUCUCUGCCCAUUCUCCUCCUCCUCCUCCUCCCUCUCUCUCUCUCUUUCUCUCGCUCUCUUUUAAAUUCACUCAUCUUCACAGCCACACAAGCUCCAACCCAUUUCCCUACCCUCUCUCUGCCCUCUCCCUCUCUCUCUCUCUCUCCCCCUCCCCCUCUCCCUCCGCAUUCUCGUAUAGCCAGCCUCUUCUCAUGCACAAAUUCUUUCAUACUAAAAUGUCCGUUCACUCAAUGGAAGUGAGCGGAUACUCAUUUCCCUAGCCUCUCUCAUCAUUCUCACCCUUUAUCAACCCGCUCUCCCCCUCUCUCUCCCUCCGUCAAACACCACAAAGAUCCAUGGGGAAUGCAACAUCCUGUGCUCCUUCGAUCUUAUCCAAUACUGGAGUAGUGAAAGUCUUGUCCUCUGAUGGAAGACUGGAAGUAUACACAAGGCCAGUCAAAGCAGCUGAGCUCAUGCUGGACAAGCCAGGACACUUUGUCUGCAACUCCACCGACCUCAAAGUAGGCCAGAGGAUACCGGGACUCUCAGCAGACGAAGAGCUAGAGCUGCGCCAACUCUAUUUCCUUCUUCCCAUGGAAAUGCUCUACUCAGUGCUCACCCAUGAAGAAAUAAGCUCUCUCUCUUACAAGGCAUCCAAAGCAGUAAAACAUAGAAGCACUUCCAACAACUUUAGCCGAAUUUUUCCACUGGGUCUAAGCGAUUUUUGUAUGUUCCCUUCAGAAACUAAGACACUGGCCUCCCCUACAACUGAUCAUCCUGAGCCAGUUCAGAGGUACUCAAGGCAGAGAUCAUGGAGCCCUGCUUUAGAGACCAUCGUUGAAACUCCAUCUAGGCUUUGAAUAUUGAUUUCUUCCCUUUUUUUUUACUGUUAUUUUUAUGAAAUUUGUGUUACAGCUUCUCCUGACUGCUUCUUGGUUGCUUCCGAUGGUGAAUAUGACAUUAAUUUAUGCAAAAUUAGAAAAAUAAAUCCACUGUGUCUACUCCAAGAAGCAUUUUAGAAAGGUUAUUGAUCAUAGUGAAUAAGAUGACUUUACUGUCA